AUGACGGUGGCUACUUCUCGUGUUCUUGGUCCAGUGGACCGUGGUGGUGUUACUGAAUCUCGUAGCGAGACGCAAGAGACUGGUUUGUUAACUAGAAAAGUUGUUGUUGUUGAGACUCCAUUGAUGACGCCUUCUAAUUCUUUGUCCAGUAGUAGUGAACGCUCUCUCUCAGGUGAGUGUUCGGUUGAUGGAUACACUUAUGAUAGGGGUAAUGAAGAUGAGUGUUCAAGUCAUAGUAGUCAAGAAGAUGUGGAGUGUACGAAGGAGCACAAGGUGGAGCGUUUAGAGCGUAAGUCCAAGAGUAUGCCGAGUGAUAUUCUUAACAUUUUGGAUGAGAAGGCGAAAGAAGACGGUGUUGAGAAUGUGCAAUUCUUGUCGGAUCGCGAAGAUGAUAGUGAUGUUCCGGUUUGGGAGCCUCCUGAACCGGAAAAUCCUGAAGAUGAAGAAGACGGAGUUUUUGCUGAUGAUGAUGAUGAUUGCUGUGAUGGUUCUGAGUGGAGUAAAGCAAGUUUGUUAGGGGAUUCUAAAGAUGGAAGCAGUGAGAAGAUAAAUUUUUAUGAAGAAACCCGGAGAGUAAUGCUUGAGGAGGCACAUUCAAAGUUUAAGUUCAUUGUUAGUCAGCUUAUUAAGUCGGCUGGGUUCUCUAUGGAAGAAGGUGAAUACUGGCUCGAGAUUGUUGCUAGGUUGUGUUGGGAGGCUGCUUCACUUUUGAAGCCAGCUAUUGAUGGUAAAGCACUUGAUCCGACUGAGUACAUCAAAGUGAAAUGCAUAGCAACUGGUUCUUUCAAUGACAGUCAAGUUUUCAAAGGCCUGGUUUUCAAGAAACAUGCUGCACUUAAACACAUGGCAACUAAGUAUGAGCAUCCUAAAAUAAUGUUAGUCGAAGGAGUACUAGGCCAUCCAAUAAGUGGAUUUUCUUCUCUCCAAUCAGUGAAUCAGGACGAAGGUUAUCAAGUGAAGUAUGUGAAGCCUGUUGUUGAUAUUAUAGAAGCUACCAAGCCUGACGUCAUGCUAGUGGAAAAGUCUGUUUCACGUGAUAUCCAAAAGUCUAUUCUUGAUAAAGGGGUCACUCUGGUGUUUGACAUGAAGCUCCACCGUCUACAGAGAAUUUCUCGAUGUAUUGGUUCACCAAUUUUUUCAGUUGACUCUCUGUCUGGUCAGAAGUUAAAGCACUGUGAUUCCUUUCGCAUUGAGAAAAUUGUCGAGGAGCAUAAUGCGGUGGGUGAAGCCGAGAAGAAGCCAACUAAAACGCUGAUGUUUUUAGAGGGUUGCCCUACUCGCCUUGGCUGCACGAUUUUACUUAAAGGAUGCCACAGCGAUAGCUUGAAAAAGGUCAAAGAAGUAGUACAGUAUUCAUUUAUCCUGGCAUAUCAUCUAAUGCUGGAGGCUUCUUUCCUAGCUGAUCGGUAUACAAUGUUCUCAACCAUUUUUACAAAGGAAGCGGCAUCAUGUGUUAUGCAAAUAGAAAAGUUUCCACUAUCCCGUUCUCCUGGUGAAUCUGCCUUUGAAACAGUUGAUAUUCCUUUGUCGAAUGGAUUCGAUGAACGAUCUAUUCUGAUAAAUGGGGAUGCAGAUGGUGAGAAAGAUGAGAACAGGGAACCAGAUGGAGAUCAUGUCUUCUCUCACGAGCCAUAUAAUCCAGUUAUUUUCACUGGGUUCUCAACUUUGUCUGCCAAAUUAAGUAAAUAUUUAGGCUUUGUUCAAAAUCAGGAGUCAGUUCCAGUUUCUGUGGUUACAGAUGUAUCAAAUAUCAGUAACCUUGAUUCGAUAAGUGAAUCUGUGGAAGAUACUGCAGAAAAUGAUGAGACUAAACAAGCUGUGUCACUUGAUCCUGAGAUCCCAGUAAAUAUGAGUUCAGAUGAUGGAGACAGGUCACAAACAGAGAAUGAUAUUGAGAGCACCUUGGAGUCUCAGAGUAUAUUGGUUCUAGUGUCUAAGAGGAAUGCCCUCAGGGGGAUAAUGUGUGACCAAAGGCAUUUUUCACACAUAAAGUUUUACAAGCACUUCGAUGUUCCCUUGGAAAGAUUCCUGCGCGAUAUGUUUAAUCAGAAAAACCUAUGCCAAACGUGCGAGGGAAUACCGGAAGCACAUCUUUACUAUUAUGCUCAUAACAAUAAGCAACUAACAAUUGAAGUCAAGCGAAUUCCUUCAACGAAAUGUCUGUCUGGUGAGGGAAAAGGAAAAAUCUGGAUGUGGAGCCGUUGUGGAAAGUGUAAACCAAAUAAUGUGUCUCGGAGGUCCACAAAAAGAGUGCUGAUAUCGACUGCUGCUCGUAGCUUGUCAUUUGGAAAGUUUUUGGAGCUCAGUUUUUCUCAGCAAACUUUUCUGAACAGAUCGUCUAGCUGUGGACACUCUUUCGACAGGGACUUCCUUCACUUCUUUGGAUUAGGCUCCAUGGUUGCUAUUCUCAGUUACUCCCAAGUCGCAUCCUACACAGUGUCUCUGCCACCCAUGAAGAUGGUAUCUAGCGUUUUGAUAAAAGCGGGUUGGCUUGAGAAAGAAUUUGAAGGAGUAUUUACUAAAGGGAUCUCCUUGUUCGAGGACGCUGGUGGUUUUCUAAAGAGGCUAAGAUCGCAAUUCAAAAAUUCAGAUCCCAGCUAUCAUUGUGCACACAAACUCCUUUCUAACAUUGAGGAGUUGCUGGAUCACGAGCGUUUUGUAUUUGAGGAAAACAUCAGGAACUCGUUUGACAAAGCGAAAACCAUAGAUGAUGUUUCGCACAGACUGCUCCGCUUAAACCGCAUGAGGUGGGAACUUCUGCUUCAAGCUCUCAUCUGGAACUACCGGCUGCAGUCGCUGGUUUUGUCUAAUCGUUUGCGUCCUUCAAGUGAUGAGAGGAAAACAUGUGAACAAGGUGUGGAGACUGUUUCUGAGGCUGGAAUGACCAGAUAUGAAAAUGAUGACAAAUCUUCUGAUUCUGGUAGCAAUGGAGUCAUGGACACUCCAAUUGUUGAAGACAAGGAAAUACCAAUCGUUGGGGUGUCUGUUGGAGACAAUGAUCAAAUGGAAAAAUCGAAUGUGCCUGAAGACAGUGAUUUGCAAACUUUGAGCAGCUCCAUGCCCGAGCCCGAGACAACAUCUCCCAUCAACGAUCAUUUUGACACUCAUUUGGCUGUUAGUAUCCAUUCAACCAAUGAACAAGAAGGGGAUAAAUCAAUUCCAAUUACUGGAGAUUCACUGGAUGGUGAGAGCUACGCUUGA